AUGCCCUCCCGACUAUCUCAGAUGCUGACGCUGUCACUCUCACUAUCUCCACACACCAGCGUACCCCAACUCCCAUCCAGCCACGACGACAAUGCUCAAUAUCAAAAUAAGGCCCCGGUGCUAACGAAGAAGAGGGUAUUACCCAAAAAACAAAAGAGCAAGAAGCGCAAUUCUAUUAUAACCACCGCGACUCUACUCUUCACAACUCGAUCCAAAGCUCUACCUCCAGCAGAGCCCCCACUCCCUUUAGAUACUUCAAGCACAAAAAAACAUCAUCGUCUUAGCCUCACCACCAAAUUUAGAAAAGGGGUCGUCACUGUCCCACCACCACCCCAACUCCUAGCGCACCUAGGAAAAGCCUGCCCACAGCACGAUCGCCACGAUUCAACAUUUAGCUCCGUAUCCUCAUCAUUUACGGACCUUAAAUCCUUAACUUUGCCCUCAAACUCACGUGUCCCCGCCUCCAUGAUACCUCUCACCCGCUCGCAACUGGCCACACUCUCCCCCCUUCUCCGCAGACUGGAAAGAUGCCUGGACAAACAGGAUCUGUUGUGUCGGAGUUUGUCAGCUAAUAUGCUGUAUUUGAUGGCGGUUAAGGAACGGAUGAUCAGGAGGAAUGGGAAGUUGGGCGUAGGUGGAAGGAAAGCUUUCAUUGGGGAGUUGGGGGAGGUUAGGGAGGAGUUGGGGAAGGUGUUUGUGAGGAAGGUGGGCAUUGAGGGGAGGAGUAGGAAUGUUAUUGGGGAGGUGGCUGGGAAAUUGGGGAAGCUUGAGAUGAGAGAUCUUGAUAGCGCAAAGUGCGCCGGAGAAGUCAAAGAGCGAGAGGAAGGAGUGGGUGAUGUCGCUACGGUUGAUGCUGAAAUGAUUUCUAAUAUUGUUCACAUCCUGAAACGGGAUAUCGAGAUACAGCGCCUCCUUAACAUCUGUGUCCUCGAUGCUAUUACUAGGCGAUGCUGGAAGGGCCGAUGGACGAAGACUGCUGGGCAGCGGACCGAGAUGGAGCGAUUUGUGGGCUUUGUGGCGGAGAGGGUUGAGAAGCUAGGAGAGAUCCAGGAGAGGAUGAUCAAGACUGUGGGAGUGGUUGAGGGAGUUGUAUCUGGACUUGAGGGAUGA